AUGAUAGUGUUUAUCUGGAUAACAUUGUCAUUCACGCUCAUGGGCUACAUCUUCUGCGUGAUUUUAAGCAAGUGUAUGGUGAUUGAAAGAACUCAGCCUACUGUAAAAAUGCUCAUCUUCAGCAAAGAGUAUUUAAGGCCGAAAAAGCGUGUGCAUGAGCCAACAGAUGCUUACUUCGAUCACACAAAGGUUACAAUUGGAAGUAGAUCUAACGAAGCUCUGCAAUCGAUAUUUGACUUACUACUUAAAGAGUACAUCGAAUUUUGGUAUAGGCCGUUCACUUCAAACCCAGAUUUUAUGGUGCAGUUGAAAAUGUUUUUACAAUAUGCUUGUGCUGUAAUUAUCCAAAGAGUUAAAGAUAUCGAUCUUUCGGAGUUCAUUGUUAACCGGUUUAUCCCACAUUUCUUCGACCAUAUUGUACAUAUUUUAUCACUUACUUGUUCUGAUAAGUUAAAUACUACCGGUGUUGGUGACACACACGAGGAAACUCGGACCAUGUUGAAGGAGAAUCAUUCCCGUAAAAGUCCGUUGAAAUCUUGUUCCGAAGAAGCUGUUUUGUGUGCUUUUGGAGAUCGACUACAUGCAGCUCUGUAUUCAAGACAAGCUGAAGUAAUGUAUUUACGUGCAGUAGUCAACCGGUUAUUACCAGUUCUCGGCAUGCCGCCCAGUCUUUCAUCAUCAGAAAUGUAUAAAUCAAAAGAGCCUUCUGUUGAUCACGGUCAUCGCUUUCGACGUAAUCGUGUUAUGCACAACUCUCCCGGACAUGCGUAUGGUAGUUCAGAGCGUAGUCGUAAAUCACCUGUUGUUUCACGGAGUGCUUCAACUAGUGCGUUAUUUUUCCAGAAGUUUAUGGAACUGGGUUGUAAUCCAUCGUUGUCUAGUUUUUUAAUAGAAAUACUAUCUACUUGUGUUUUAUUGCCUGCUAUGGACAUUUUAGCUAAUUCUGAUUUUGUCAAUCAUUUGAUUCUGCUAUGUUUUCCUGAAUGUACACCUGUUGAAUCAUUAAUAAAACAUGAUUGUCAACAUGUCCCAUUACUGGAAACAUAUAUUCACGACUGGGAGAGAUGGCUAUCUAAAAAGCAAUCAACAGUUAUACAUAUUGAGAAGUUAUUAAACCAACAAGAUGAACUCUAUCCAUUUAUGCAAUACAUGAAAUCAGUUAAAUCUAUUGAACCUUUAACAAUUUUAUUGUUAAUGUAUCAAAUUAAUUCACGUGUCUUAAAAUCUAUGCCAUCAUCAGAUGCUUGUCAUGAAAUUAGUGCACAAUUACAUCAUAUUUUAAGUAUAUUAAAUGGUCAACUGUUUAAUGAUAAUAAUAAUGGGAAUGAUGUUGACAUUGAUCAUCAUCAUCAGCAGCAUCAUGAUGAUGAUGAUGAUCAUCAUCAUCAUUCUAUUUAUCAAAUAUCUAAAAUGAUUACACAUAAUCAAUCCACUAAAACCUUACCUACAAUAAAUGGUAGACGUUUACAAUUUUUCAAUGUAUCUAAUGAAUUUGAAGAAUUAUUAAAAGUUUGUUUAAAGUAUUGUUCGCCGGAGACAAUUACUCAACUUGUUAAUACACCACAAUGGAAAGAAACCUAUCAGUCAGUUUGUGAUGCAGUUGAAUCACGAUUUAUACCAAUGUAUUUGGAAAGCCCGGAGUACAUAAGAUAUUCAUUUGGUUUUUCACAUUUUUCAACUUCAGUUUCAUCAUUAAAUAAGAUUGGAGUCAGGUCUCCAAAACGCGAUAUUCGACGUUUAUCACAAAAUGUAGGAACAAGUCAACAACAAACUGGUCUAUUUGGAAAUGCUUUAAUGAAUGUAUUUAGUAGUCAAUCUACUGAUGGACAAUUUUUCGGAAAUCUUGACUCAUCCAAACUCUCAGUUUCAUCAAUGCGUCGUAAUCAAAAAGAUCGAUUUGGUAAUAUUCUCAAUGACCAAACUAAUCGAUCUAAUCGACAUUAUACUAAUACUGGCACUACUACUACUGCUGUCAAUGAGGAAUUACUUACAAAUCAACAUGUCAUCGGUAUAAAACAUUUACCGGAAACAACACAACAAUUAGAUUUAUCUCAAUGUAAUGUAUAUAUACGUGGUUUAUCACGUCCUGAAGUUGUAACUCAAUCGAAUAAUCGUCAUCCAUUAGGUUUAAUCACUACAACCACCAUUAACCCACUUGUAUUAUCAUCAACAACAACACUUGGGAUAACGAAUUUACAUUCUAAUCAAACUAAUCAUUUACCAGCAUCAAUGAAUAUGAAUAUUUUAUCGAAUAAUAUUAAUAAUAAUACUAUGACAACUCCAAUUUCAUCAUCUACAACAGCUGUACGUGAUAUAAGCUAUCGAAAUAAAAUAUCAAAUGAAUUAAAUAAUUUAAUUAAUCCAUCUAUAUAUAAUAAUUCAUUCGUUUCAUCAUCAUCAUCAUUACCACAACUUUCAACACAAUUUAUGUUUAAUGUUGUUACUGAAAUUGUUAUCAAUGGAGUACGUAGACAAGUGGCUAAAGUAACAAGAAAAUAUUCUGAAUUUUAUGUACUUGAACAAAAAUUGAUUGAAUUUCAUGGUACAUUAAUAAUCAAACAAUUACCAAAACGUCAAUUAACCCCACGUACAAUGGAAUUUCUUGAAAGUAAAUGUGAUAUAUUUCAAAGUUAUUUACAGUAUUUAAUUGCUCAACCAUUCCUUCGGAAUAGCAAAUUAUUAUACAGCUUUCUUACAUCAAAUGAACCAUUCAAUACAAAUAUAUUUGAAUUGAAUUUAGGACGUUUAGUGAAAUCGGUUCCGCUAAAAUUAACCAAAGAGAAGGGUCAAUUCUUAGACAAUUUUUUAUCGGCUUACUUUUCAUCAUGUCAUCCACAACCUAUAGAAAGUGAUAUCAAUAAUUUGGAAAGGAUUAAAUGGAAAUCUUCAUCCGUUCAUUCUACAACUGAAACUGGUAUUUACUCUACUUCUUUUGAUCCAUUAUUAAAUACUACUAACAAUCAUAUAAGUAACACUAAUAAUGUUAUUGGUGAUACUACGUUUCAUUUUUCAACAACUUCAUCAACUAAUGUACUACAGGAUAGAAAUCUUAUACAUAAAUCAAAUUAUAAUAAUUUUAAGGUGGAUACAUAUCCUGUAGAGAAAAAUAUAGAUUAUUAUAGUCGUUAUGUAUUAAAUUCACCGCAACAUAAACAUCAAAGUCGUACAAGUUUAGAUCAUCGUCUACGUUCACGUAUCUAUUGGAAUAAUGCGGGAUUAACGUAUGAAAAACAAAAGGAUACAAUAAAUCAGUCAUCUAACUUAUCAACAGUUCAUUUAACAAGUUUAUCUGAAAUCAUUUUAUAUUUUUUGGACAAAAUUAUCACAUUAUUAUCAACCACAUGUUUUUCAAAUGAUAAGAAAUUCUCUCUCCAUUCAAAUCAUUCACAACUAUCAUCUAAUGUUGAAAUGAUAUCAUCUUCAUCAUCAUCGACAACAACAACAGCAGCAGCCGCCGUCGCAUCAUCUUCAUCUAUUCAAAGGAUGAAUUCAUUACAAGAAAUCAAUAUAGAUAAUAUAAAAUCAUCAAUUGAUCCUUGGGAUAUUACUAAUCCAUAUUGGAAUGAAGCAUUUUUAAAUGGUCCAUCUUUAUCAAAUGUAAUGACUACUUCUCCUCCUCCUAGUCCUCCUUCUCCACCUUCUACUACUACUACUAAUACUACUAUCACUACUACUAAUACGAAUCAUAUUACUUCAAGAAGUCAUCAGUCGUCGUCGUCGUCGUCGUUAACAUCAUCAUCCUCAUCAUUGGAACCUAAACUAGAUCCUAUUCCAUCAUCGACUACUAUCAAUUCACAUUAUAUACCAAUAAUAUCUAUUACUUUCAAUGAUAUUUAUGAUGCUAUUUAUGAAUUCUAUUUAUUUAUUAUAAAACAAUGUCAAUUCUAUUUUUAUUAUUUAAUUUAUAAAAUAAUUAUGAUUUUAUUAAUUUAUUUUAAAUCAUCUAUUAAUUAUUGGUUAAUGAAUUAUUUUAUAAAAUCUAUUUAUGAAAUAUUUUCUGAUGAGAAUUUAGCUCAUAUAUUAAAUAAUAUUAAAACAAGUAUAUUCUUUCAUUCUUCUAAAAAAAUUGAUAUGGAUAAGUCAGAACGUAAAGAAAAAGCACGUAUUGCAAUUGAAAAAGCAAUUCUAAAUAUAACGGGUCUUUCAUAUUUCACUGAUUUAGAAAUUAUACAUGAUCAGUUAAAUCGAAUAUUUGAUUGUUUUCAAUAUUCUAAAUGGAAUAAACAAUUAACUUAUAUUUUAUUAGAUCAAUUCCUUUUAGAAUUAUUUCCGGAACUUCAUUUAAAUAAUACAAAUAAUGAUGAUAUGAAUACUAAUUCUUCUCAUACUAAUACUCAUACUACUUAUACUACUACAAAUACUAACACUAAUGCUACUACUAAUACUACUUAUACUACUACAAAUACUAACACUAAUGUUACUACUACUACUGCUAAUGAUAAUAGUGAUAUGAUGCUUAGAGGAAGUGAACAAGAGUUUGCUUCAAGAAUUUCCUCUACACUUUUCAUGUCUACUUCUGCUAUGAUAUCAUUUCAACACUCUUCAACUGUAUUAUCAAUUCCGUUGAAAAGCACUUCUAAUAUUUUUAUAACUUCCCAAAUGCUUGGAAUCAUGUCAGCAAAUACAGGAAGAAAAGCACCAGUAGGCGCAUCAGUCAAGCCGUGCGUUACUAACUGGCAUGCUAUGAAAGGUGACAAUACAUUUCGUUUUAUGAGAUAUAGAGAUGAAAUUAAGAGGAAGGUUGUUGUAUCAUUUAAAACCAAUCACUUUGAUGGCGAGGAUUCUUUAGAUAGUUAUUUUGCUUCAGCCGUUGAGAAAUGGACAGAUAAUAGUUCAAGUGAACAAUUCAUUGCAUUUCGAAGGAAGAUCGCUCCAUACGUCUUAAGCUUGAAGUUAAUUAUUUUUCAUCAAGAUUUAAUUUGUCAAGAGCUGAAAACAUUUUGGGAACAGCUAGGUGAUACUUCUUUGCCACCGGCUUUAGAUCUAGUCGCUAAUUUGGCAUGUGAUAUUAGGGAGGACUUUUUCAACCACAUUGAUGAUUUUUUACCUCUGGUUGUUGGGGCUAUAAUAAGAAAUUCGAAGAAUGCAGAGUUUCUGGCUCAUUGUUUCGAUUGCUUGUCACAUUUGGUUUAUUUCUUACAUCGACCCAUGGUUAAGAACAUUCGGAAAAUUUUAAAGUGCUUUCUGCCCUUGCUAUCUCACUGCUCUUCUGACAUCCCGAGGUUUACAGCUGAAUGUUUAGCCUUUUUGUUCAGAAAGUUUGGGGAUAAAAUUGCGUUGUUCCAUAUUUUGGAAGAAACGAUUGAAAAUCCUGAGUGCCUUGGAGCUGUGUUAGUAGAAAUGUUGUCAGGUGUCGGUGAAAAAGUGCAUACGACUUCUUUGGAGAUUCUUCCUUGUUUAUUAGAUUCUCUGUUUAGCUGCGAUAGUAAACAAUCUGUACAGUUGGAUUUUGAUAGCCACAAAAACGAAAAUAACCCACCAGAUGUUAGCAAUGCCUCCAUGAAGAUGACAAGUCCACUGAAUGACUGCUGUUCAGUUUCGAAAAGCGUUAUUGCUGUUAGUUGUUCACUAUCACAAUUGGUAAAGCGGUCUCCAUCUUCUGAACAAAUAAACUACGUCAUUCAACAUUUGACCCGUCAAUGCCAGCGCUUAUCAGCUUCUCCUAAUCUUCAGUAUUUUCGCGAAUAUCUCACACUUCUGACUAGUUUCAUCCAGUCACUUGCAAAAUCUGAAUUUAUGUCUUUAUUUGAAGAAAAUAUUAGCAAGAUCCUUAUAACUUUGAACAACUGUUAUUCAUCACCAGACGUGCUCAACUUAUGUUGCGUUUUCCUACAGUCUGUAUCUACAAGAUACAAUCCUUAUGACUUCGUGAAAUCAGUAAUUCAAUGUAAAACUCAAACAUUAGAAAGUCGGUUUGAACUUUUGAAAAACUUGGCGAAUUGGCAAUACUUUGAUAGAGAUGUUUCACCAAAUAUUAUUCAUCUACUUUUGGAUAUUCAUAAUCUUCGUAAUACUGAUCUUCCUUCUUCCUGUACAUUGUGUAUAUUCGAUGCAUUAUUUCGAAUAGGACUUGUUAAACAAUUAAUCCCGUUGGAAGAUGGUAUCAUUUGUAAUUUCAGCUGUUUCUCUAUUGAUUUCACUUAUAUUGUUGGUUCAAUUUAUGAUGAUACAACUUUGAGGUCCGAUGUUCGUGAUAUUAUUGAUUGGUUUGUAUCACCACUUCGCUUACUGUCAGAGUGCAAUAUCACAGUUGACCGAAAGUGUUGUGGAUGUAGAACUGAAUUACAAGUUCCUUUAUCAAUCCCAAUAUUUUGUUUACCACUAAUUAGACCAUUACCAGUGGAAAAUAUUUUAAAACUAUUGGCUGAUACAUUAACAACACUUGUAAAUACUCUACAUUGUUCUACUGAGUUCAGUUCAGAAAAUAGAAUAACCAUAGAAAACAAAGAGCGAUUAUUCCAAAUAAUGGCCGUCGUACAAGCUGUACAAAAACUUCAAUUACGCACAAAACAUUGUAAUACAUAUUUUCAAAUUACUCCAGAUGAAUUAUCCUUGAAAAAAUUGAUUUCACUAGCCAAAUCUUAUCAUAAUUUAUAUCCAGAAUAUUGUUGUAUCAUCUUACGUAUUAUUGAUAUCCUCGUUCAUUUAUUGAUUACUAAUAAUGAUUAUAAACAAUAUCUAUUCAAUCAUCAAGAUAUUCUAUAUGGAAAUUUAUUACCAUUGUUAAUGUCUUCAAGUCAUCAGAUAAGAUUACAUGUUCUAAGAAUUCUAUUCGUAAUCAAUGGUGGUUUAAGCAAUUCUACUGAUAAUAAUAAUUGCUCAAAUGAUGUACAAUAUAACUCUACUGUACAAAAUAUUAUUGAAAGAUGUUUAAAAGCUGAAAAAAUACAACUUGGACAUCAAACUGUACGUGAUUUUCUAAUGCAUAUACUUCAAUUACAUGCUGAUCGUGAUGUGAAAUAUUGUCGACAAGCGGCUGAGAUUGCUAUUCAUUAUUUAUUUGGUCUACUUCAUGUUCAAUUCACUGCUAUUUGGUCUCCAAUAAAUGAGGCUAUUGCAAGUUAUUGUGAAUCAAAUUCAUUAAUAAAGAAAAAAUCUACUAAACAUGAAAAUUCAUCUCAUGAAUUAGAGAUCAAAGAGAAAAAUUGGAAUAUUGAAUGUAGAAAUUUAUUCUGGAGUGUAUUUCAACCAUUAUUAAUGGAUACAGAGACAAAAAUUGUUCAUAACAACAAUGAUGAUUUAUCAAAUGUUUCAGAUUCUAAAGAAACAAAUCUCUACACUUGUUCAUAUGAAACUGCCAUCAUAUGGUUCACAUCAAUUCGUCCAGAUUUAUAUAGUGUACAAAGAAAAACACCUAAUAAUCAUUGGUUAGUUAUUGAAUCAAGAAAACGUCCAGAUUGGUUAUCUUAUCGAUUAUGUUUAUGGCAGUGUUUACGUUGGAAAAUCGCUGCAAAAUAUACACAUUUUCUUACACCAUUAUUAUUGAAUAUAAUUAGCUCUGCUAUUCAAUCUGGUUUAAAUAAGUCAACAGAACAACUUCUAUUGACUAUCUUGAAUUUGUACUCUCAAUUCAAUAAUAUUAAAUCAAUUUAUAUGGAGAAGGAGUUCAAACAAAAUAUUUACCAAUUAUUAAAAUUUAAACAACCCACUAUACAAAAUGCAGCAUUCAAAUGUUUACUGGCUUAUAAACAAUCGGCAAUUAAUAAUUAUCAAGAACAAAUAGAAAAGAUUAUUAAUCCACAAACAUUUCGUGAUGCAGUGCGAACAUUUCGACUGGAUACAUCUUUGUACUCUUCGGAACAUCGUGAAUACAUUGGUGGAGUUUUGUUACGUAUACUAUACGGUCGAUUACAAUUAUCCAAAGGUCAAUUCACAUCAGCUGUAUUCACUAAUUUAGCACAAUAUACAAAUUCUGAAUUGAAUUUAUUUCUAAGCUUUUUAUUAGAUCCAUUUGUCAAAGAAACAGAAUGUAUUCAAUUGUCUACUAGUACUUUUAGUCCUACUACCAUAUCAUUAAGUGAUUGUAUUCAAUCGGCUCGACAACGUGUUCAACAUACAAUUGAUGGUAAAGAUACAUUAUCUUGGUCUCGAUUACAUGCAUUGUCGCAAAUUAUCAAUCAAACAUUAAAUUAUAUGGGUCAUCGUUUAAAUAUUGUCCAUUUAAAUGAGAAUGAAGACGAUCUUGUUGAGAAUUCCAAUCCAAUAGAACUUUCCAAUAAUAUUCAACGUGCUGAUAUUCUAUUACGUUUAGCAUUAUCUUUAUUAGCUAUGGUGUAUGAAGUAAAAAAGAUUAAAUUAGAAUCAACUAAUCAUAAUCGAUUACCUUUAACAUCUCAAUUAAAAGCGGUACGUUUAGCUGCUAUCAAUUUACUUGUCCAUUUAUUCUCAUCAAAUUGGUUAUGUGAAAUUGAAUUUUGGGGUAAGUCAACUAUCACUAAUCAUGAUCUGCAUCAACUUGUUUCGUCAUCAUCAUCCUCACCAUCAUCAUCCGCAGCAGCAGAAGUAGAUCGUUCAAUCAUUGUCAAAGAAAUUUGUUGUAAUUCAUUUCUAUUAAAUGAUUUAAUAAAUAGUUCUACAUUAUCAUCAAAUCAUUUAAUUAUACAAUUAUGUUAUAUAUGGUCUAAAUCAACAAUCUAUAAUGGUUAUUUAUGUAAGAAAUUUUUUAAUCAAUCAUUAUUGGAUACAUUAUUUAAAUUAUUAAAUAUGAAUAUGAAUACUACUCAUAAUACUACUAAAUUGAAAUUGAAGAAUGAGAUUAUUGAAAAGCUUGUAGAAAUUAUCCAUAAUUUAACAUUUCUACCUGAUGUAUCCACUACAGGUCGUGUAUUAUUACAAUCGUUCCAUUCGGAAUUAGUCAAUUAUUUAAAUAAACGUUUACAAGAAUUAUGUCAAGUGAAAUCAACAUUUUUUGCAAAUCUUGGCAAAAAACCACAAUCAGGUUUACGUUUACAACGUGAAUUUCAAUUAGUCAGUUAUUUAGCUCAAUUACCUUGUCAUUCAAUUAGUAAUAAUAAUAAUAAUAAUAAUAAUAAUCAUGGAGUUAUGAAUCAGCAUAACAAUAUAAAUUGUUUGACACCAGUUGAUAGUGAACGAUUACUUCAAGCAUUAUUACAAUUACUUCAACGUUCAUCAAUUCGUUCAUUGCGUAAUACCACCUUGACCACUAAAUCAGCAUCAUUUAAACAUCGUGUUGCUAAUAAUCUCUUAGUGAAUUCAGAUGAAUCAGCUACACGUUAUGAUUUACAGAUGGCUACAGGUGAAGUGGUUGAAGCAGAACUUAUACAAUCUAUUCUUCAUCUUGUACAGAUUACAACAAAUAUCACUGAAUACUUAAAAAAAAUAUUGGAUUUAUUUGUUUGUUCUAAAUCACGUAUUGCUCGUAGUCUCCUAUGUCAAGUAGUCGGUGCUUGUACAUCACGUUUAACUAAUUGGCCAAUGAAUCUAAUUGAAAUGAUUGAUAAGUUAAAUAAGAAUACUAAAGAGGAUAUUAAAGAAGAAACUGAUCAAGUUAAUAAUAAUUUAAGAUAUUUCAAGAAAUAUUUAUCAGAUCAUAAUCAAUCAACUGAUGCAAUUAAUAAUCUAACUCAAAAUGUACUAUUAAUGUUAAAUUCAUGGGAUGUUACACAUAUUGAUCAACCAGAUAUUCAUCAACGUGCUAAUGGUUAUAAUUUACUUAUUGAAUUAUGUAUAUUAAUAAAAAUGAAUAAUCCACCAGAACAAUUAUUAUAUUUACAUCAAGCUGGUUUAAAUUGUGCUAUUUAUACAAUAAGUCAUGAUGAAUUACAUUUACGUGAUAUUGCAUUAGAUUAUACAAUAUAUUGUAUUGAAUGUAUUCAAUCUAGAUUAAUAAUGAAACAAAAUCUUAAUCCAAAUGUUACCAUAGAUACAGAUCAAUAUUAUCAUAAAUUAAUUAUUCAAUGUUUAUGGUUAAAUUUAAUGAAAUAUUUACAAGAUAUAAAUAUAUUAAGUAGUAUAAAACGUUUACAUUUAUUACGUUUAUUAAAUUGUAUUAUACGUACAUAUCAAUUAAGGAAAAGAUUUUAUUCAUUAGCAUUAUUAUUAGAUAAUUAUUCAAUGAAUAAUGAUUUUUAUAUUAAUUUACAAAGUGGUACAUUAUUACGUCAAUGUUGUGCAAUACGUCGUUUAGCAUUAUUUUUACAUAAUCCAUUAACAAUUAUAUCACGUCGUCAAUUGAAUAAUAAUUACUUAGCAACUAAUAAUAACAAAAAGGGUAACAGUAACAAUUUCCCAAUAUCACAAAAAGAUUUACGUAAUAUCUUUUUACCAAUUAUAUGGUUUUAUUUAGAAUCAGAAUUAAAUUCAUCUAUUGAUAAUAAUAAUAAUAAUAAUUUAUCAGAUAAUCAUAAAAAAUUAAUUGAUUAUUGUUUAGAUGCUAUAGAAGGUAUAGCAAAACAUUUUGAUUGGAAAUAUUAUCGAUUUUUAAUAGAAUCAAUAAUUCAUCGAUUAAAUUCAUGUAUAAAUAUUCAUUUAAUAUCACAAAUUAUGAUACGUUUAAUUGAUGCAUUUCAACCACCAAAUUGGAAUACUUCAAUAGAUAUUAAUAAUGAUGAUGAUGAUAACGACGACGACGACGACGAUAGAGAACAUGUGGAUGAUGAAGAAAUCAAAGAAAAGAAACAAGAUAUUCAUGAUCAUUUAAAAAUAAAACAAAAAGUUUCUACUGAACAAGGAGAAAAUGCAAUAAUUCUUAAUUAUAUGCUUAAUGUGAUUAAACGAUUAGAACCAUUUAUCAUUAAACCAAUAAAAACUAAUAAUACUACUGAAUUAAUGAAUAAUAAUAAUCAAAAAAAGGAUAAAAAUAAUAGUCAUAAUCAACCAUUGAAAAUCUCAUUAGUUAUAUCAUUAGUGAUGUUGCUAAGACGUUUACCAUCAGGAUAUCUUGAAUCACGUUUACCUCAUCUUAUUUUACGUAUUAUGGAUAUUUUAAGACCAUCACGUGAUAUACAUUAUGAAAUACGUUUUGAAGCAAUCAAAUCAUUAUCACGUAUUGGACGAUUAUUAGGUCCAAGUAAAGGUUUAGAUAAAUUAUUUGAUAUUGUUCAUCAACAAUUAGAUCGUGGUGGUUAUACAUAUUGGCAAGUAAGAUUAUAUACAUUACAUCGUGUAUUCAGUGAAGUAGAACAAGCUAUCAUAUCCGGUGAAGUAUCCUAUAAAUCUGGUCAAUUAGAUUAUAUUGGUCGUAUUAUGAGUCGACUUUAUUUAGAUGAAAUGAUUGGACGAUUAGCUGAAGAAAUUGAUUCAAGACGUUCAGCUAAAUUAUCGAAUACAAAUAAUAAUGAAUUAAGUGGAUCUAUUCCUAUGGAUUUACCUGAAGGAAAUGGAUUCAAAUCUCCAGAAGGUGUUACACGUUUAUGUAGAUUAUUAUCAAAUGAAGGUAUUAUUCAUUUAUUUACAGAUAUUAAAAUGGCACUUCAUUGUGCUGCAUCCGGUACUGCACUUGGAUCCAUAUUGAAUAAUAAUAAUAAUAAAUCAUCAUCAUCAAAUGAUUCAGUCGGUUGUGGUAUACGAUUUCGACAUAAAGCAUUAGCUAGACUUGAAUGUACCUUAACACGUCUUCCAAUGAAAACUGGAUUAUUUUCUAAUAAAUAUAUUCAAUCUAAUAUAAAUCUUAUUAUUGAAUUAUUUCAACAAUUAGUUCAUGAUAAUCUUGAAGAGAUUACAAUCACUAAUUUAGAUUUUAAUGAAACAAAUAAUACAACAAUAAUCGAUCAUCAUCAUAAUCCACAUCAGCAUAAUAACAUAAUUAUUGGUUGGUAUCAACCUCAAUUGAAAUUAUUAGAAUCACGUUGGAAUUAUUUAGAAUUAGAUAAUGAACCAAAACGUGAAUAUCAUUCAUUAAUUACACAAUCUAAUUUAAAACAAUCUUAUUUAUUAGUAUGUUGUGGUUUAUCUUUAUUUAUUGGUUUAAUACGUUAUCAAUGGUUAAAACAAGAUCAAUUAGAACAUUUACAAUUAUUAAAUGAAUUUUUACCAUCAAUUAUUCAAUGUUUACAAUCGAAAUAUAUUCAAGUAUUAAAUAUUACUAUUAAAUGUAUACGAUUAUUUUUAUUGAUUACAUCAUCUAAAUUAAUAAUUAAUCAAUUACCAAAAUUUUCUGAAUAUAUUCAUAUUAUUGGUAAUCAAUUAUUUAAUUUAUUAACUAAUCAAUCAUAUUUAUUGUCUAAUAAAAUUGAAUCAAUUAGUUGCUAUGCACAAAAUUUUACUCGAAAUUUAUAUUGUACAUUAGCUUUAUUAGUUAAUCAUCAAUGUAAUUAUCCAUUAAAUAAAAUACAAUUAUUAACAUUAUUAAAUAUUGUUGAUAUUGAAUUAAAUCAUAAUUAUAAUGAAUCAAUGAAUUCAUCAUUAAUAUUAUUGAAUGCAAUAUUAAAACGUCGUUUAUAUGAUCCAAUGAUUCAAAUAAAUGAAAUAGAUUUUAUAAAAGAUCCAAAAUUUUUAAUUCAUAAUGAAGGAUUAAUUAUAGCUAAAUUAUCAGAUCAUAAUUAUGAUCUAAAAAUUGGUAGUGGUGGUGGUGAACGUUUAUUAAAUUUAUUUUAUCGAUUACAAUUAUUAUCUAUUACAUCAUCAUCGGAACAAAUACGUAAUGAAUCAUGUAAUUGUUUAAUAACAUUUUUAUUAAAUUAUCCACAUCAAUUAAAAUUUUUAAAAUAUUUUAUACAAUUUUAUAUAAAACAAUUAGAAUAUAAAAAAUCAUUUGGACAAUUAACAGCAAUUCAAUUAUUAUAUCAAUUAAUUGAUCAAUUACCAAUAAUACGUUUUAUUGGUAAACAAAAUGAUUAUUUAGAUGAAAUAAUUUUUUUAAAUAUAAGCACAGCAAUUGAACGUGAAACAUCAAGGAAAAUUCGACAAAUUUUAUUAAAUUUUUUAAAUUUAUUAUUUAAUAAAUUACCAUUAAAUUUAGUACAUAAUUAUAUUAAUGAUUACAUAAUAGGAUUUUUAUUAGCUCCACCAAUCACAAGAUGUUCAGCACGUUUACUUAGUUUACAAAUUCUUCUAUCAUUAUAUAAUAGUCAAUUAGUUAUAGUGAUUAAACAAUAUCGUAAUCAAUUAAUUCAUAUUAUUAGUAAUAAUAUAUUACCAUGUGGUAUCAUUCAAUUAAAUCAAUUCAUACAAUCUAAUACAAUAUUAAUGAUAUCAACUGGUUUAAAUGAAUUAUAUAAUAAAAAAUCUAUGAUAACACCAAAAGAAGAAUGUAAUUUAUUAAAAAUUAUAAAAGAAGAUACUAAAUGGAUGAAUGAAAUAGAAUUGCCUAAAAAUGCUUAUUCAGACGAUGAUAAUGAUGAUGAUGGUGAUGAUGACGACGCUUCGAAAUUGUCAAAAGAUAAUGAUGAAGAAGAAGAAGAUAUAGAUUUCAGUGAUGAUGAUGAUGAAGUUGACAAUGUAGAUUUAGAUUAUGAUGAAGAUACAAAUGUUGAUCCAUUUACUUCUGCUACAUUUAAUAAUGAAAAUAUUGAAAAUAAUAAACAUUCUAAUGAUACUAUACAAUCUCAUUCAACAUCAUCUAACAAAGAACUUAAAUGUUCAAAAUCGGCUAUUGAUAAUCAAUAUUUCUUAGUUGCGCAUACAUUAGAACAUGCUUUAAAAUUGGUUUAUCAGUUAAUCACUGAAUCAACAACAAUAAAUUCACCGAAUACAUCAGAUAACAAUAUCAAUACAUAUAUAUCAUCAAUUAAAUUAUCCCCAUUUUGGCGUAUUCUAUUAAAUGGACCUAAAUAUAAUGAUAAUAAUAAUAAUCAAUUAUGUCCAAUCACUGAAUUUCAAUCCAAGAAACAUCGUAAGAAAUUGAAUAAACGUCGUGAACAAUAUAGUACAUUAUUCUCUAUGGAAACAACAACAACAACCGCCACCACCAGCACCACCACAACAACAAAGAAUAUAGAAAAUAAAACUAAAAAAAUGAGUUUAUUAAUUGUAGGUCAUCGUGAAACACGUGAAUGGGCAACACGUUGUUUAAAUUUAUUAUUAAAAUUAGAAAUCAGUACAAAUCAAGAUCGUCUUAUAAAACCAAUAAAUGAGAAUAAUAAUAUAGAUACUGAAUUAUCUGGUUUCAAUGUUCGAUCAGCUAUAUUUAAAAAAUUACAAAAAAAUAAAACAAAUUUCAAUAAAGUAUUACAAAGAAUACUUAACGAUUUAUUAUUUCAAUUGGAAGUUGAUGCACGUGUACCUAUUUCAGAAGAAUGGUCAAAUGCGUUAUUAUCGAAUUUAAUUUAUCUUGGACAAUUAUUACAUUUAAGUGUUGGACGUAAACCAGUAUUGAAAAUAUUUCGUAUUGCUAAUAAAAUUGCAUUGGAUGAAUUAAACAAUAGACCACAAUAUUAUUGUCAAAGGCUACUGGCGUUGAAAUUGACUACCGGACUUUUAUUACGUCUACCCCAUCCAAAUACAACGCAAUUAUUUGAUAUGUUCUCACUAAAUACUCAACCUUCAAGUGGUUCUGAUAAUCAAUCAGUUGAAAAUCUAUCCGUUGAAAAACAAGUUCCAGCUUAUUUCGCCUACUUAAGAUCUGCUUCGAAAUUAAUUAGUCGAGAAUUCCGUCAGCGUGAACGGUUAGCUUUUACAGCAGCUUCAUCAUUAGCUUCAGCUGUCAACGAUGAUACAACAGAUAUUGGCGCUAGAAUGCGACUACGUGGUAUGCAUCUUUCUAGAGAACUUACUGUCAGAGCGAAAUCAAGACAAAGAAGAGCACAGGCUCGCCUCCGUCGUGCACUCAUGUCAGGUACAAUUAGACCAGAGAGUGCGAACAGUCUUGUUGCCUCUGUAUCAGCUGGAAUGGCAAAGGCAGGACCUGAUCAAUUAGUUGAAUUAAUUGAGUCAACUGAAUCUGCUCUUACCCAAGAACUUGGUGGUGGAAAUCACCAACUUAUCCAAAUUAUAUGCAGUCGUGCAUCGUUAGGCGCUCGUGCUAUUCGAGAACGACGUAAUUUGCAUAAAGCCACUCGUAAUGCUCUUGGCAUGGCAUGGAAUGGUCCAGUAAAAAAGAAAUCCAAGCUACCAGAUGUAACAUCCCAACCUUUGGAAAUGAAUAAUUCCAGUGAGAACGGAACUGACACAUCUAAUCGGUUGCAAAAAAGAAAAUUAUCUCCGAAUGAAGAACAUAAUCAAAAAGCCACACAGCAAAAGAAAACGAAGAAACCGCGAAUAAGUUUAUGA